AAAUGGGUCUUUCAAAAUUUUGCUGUUCUUGCUCUCUUUCUGUUUGAUUUCUUAAUGCAUUUCUGAGCUCUGCAACAAUGGCGAACUUAUAUGAUGCAUCUGCUAUUUGUUCUUCAUACUCUCCGCCGCCUGAACCUUCCGAUGAUAUCUCCCUUCUUCUCCGUCAAAUCCUCUUUAAGUCAUCAUCUUCUUCGUCUUCUCCUUCUCCUUCUCUCAUUCCCAAACAAGUGCAAUGUGAAAUACAACGACAACCGCCGCCGCCUCAUUCCUCCAUCCCUACAUAUUCUUCCGCCGCAGCUGCUAACGUUCCGGCGAACGGCGUCGCCCAUGUCUCUUCUUCUUCAGCUGGUACGAUUGAUUAUGACCCAGAUGAAUAUGAUUGCGAAAGCGAGGAGGGUUUUGAAAAUUUGAUGGAAGAAAUGGCUGCAAAACGAAACCCUCCUCGGAAUCCAUCGAAACGGACUCGAGCUGCAGAGGUUCAUAAUUUGUCUGAAAAGAGGAGGAGAAGCAGGAUAAACGAGAAGAUGAAGGCUUUGCAGAAACUCAUCCCUAAUUCCAACAAGACGGAUAAAGCUUCUAUGUUGGAUGAAGCCAUUGAAUAUCUGAAGCAGCUCCAGCUCCAGGUUCAGAUGUUAACGAUGAGAAAUGGGAUAAAUUUGUACUCCAUGUCUGCACCGUCCGGCGUUCAUGAGCAGGACCAGAGAACGGGCGGCUUGAAUCAAGGAAACCCGCCCGCUAACAUGACCGUAAACCAAGAAAGGCUCAUGAACCCAAUGCUUAGCCUCCCUGUUCCAUGCACCGGUCAAAACCAGCCACUCGUACUUGAUUUUUCGCAUUCAGUCAAUCACGAACCCACGUUCGGAACUCAACGUGGAUCGUCUUGAUUUCCGGAUUCUUCAAAUGCAUUGUGAUCGUAAUGCAAAAGACGUUUCGAUCACUGUAAUUUAACUUUUAGUUGUUUAGUUUUAGUUUCUUUAACGAGGAUA